ACAAAAGACGGUGUGCCAUGCAUUGUAGACAGAGUCAGUAGGUCGACCACAUAGCCUUGUGCAGCCUUGUUGUCCAACUUGAUCUACUACUGUCUGUAGUACUGGCAUUGGUAGACUCUACAUGUGUGAGUUUUUGUAUGUGUACUGCGGUGUGGAAAGACUGUUAGGAUAAGGACGCUCGUGUAAUGCUUGCUUGGAUUUGCAGUUUUCCUGUAUCUCUGCCGGACAAUGUCGACUGCUCCGUGCAAUGGUUGCGGCUCAUCGAACACAACUCUAAAGUUUAUCUCCUGUCUGCACACGCUGUGCGUUCCCUGUGUGCAAAAUAACAUCGACUUUGACGGAUCAAUCAAGUGUCCGCAAUGUUUCUCCUCCACGCAGCUGCCGGUUGGUGUGGAGCCGCUACGGUCACUGCCAAGUCUUGUGCUCCAUGGAAAUCUGGAGCUGAGUGAAGCGGUUAAUGGUGAGAGUCAGGCGAUAUCUGCAUGCGAAGAAUGCGGAGACGAUACUCCGGCAACAAGCAGUUGUGAGAACUGCCAAGUGAGAAUGUGUGAGGCACACGCCGGCGUACAUUCUCUGAACAAAGGAACCAAAGGGCAUAUUGUGAAACCGCUCAUCCAAAUUUGCACCUCCUUGUCUACCAUGUCUAGCAGUGCAGGAUCAACGGGCAAAACGCGUGGCCAACGAAAUCCCCAGUGUGCGUUGCACACAAAUGAUAAGUUGGAUCGAUUCUGCGUGCAGUGUAACCAGAUUCUGUGCCCAAGAUGCAAGCUGCCGCCUUCACACAAACAAGAUCAUCAGGUCUUGGACAUCCCCAGUGCCGGUCAAAUGUCCCGUGACAAGCUUUCUGAAAAGCUAGCUAGCUGCACAUCCGAAUCUGAUGGUGUCAUCGACAAAGCCAUGAGAAAUGUUAGGAAGAACAUUGAAGCACUGAAUGAACAAACAGAAUGUUCUUCUGCUGAGGUCACCGACUUUAUCAAGGAGCAGAUUGAAAGAUUAAAGAAGCGUGAAGCAGAUCUGCUAGCGGAGCUGGAUGCCAUGAGGUCAAAGAAGCUGAUACCACUGGAAAAGCAGCUGAAUCGCCUGCAAGAGUGUGUUGCACAGGUGGAGAGUGCUGGGCUCAUUCUGCAGUCAGGUUCGGAUGAUGUUGACCUACUGCGCAUGUUUUCGUGGAUAGAUGGAACCUUGGACAAAGCCAUCAAAACAACAGAAGUGGAAGGGGAGCCAUGCGUAGCUGGUGGAAUCGUCUUUUUCAGUACUAACACCACAGAACUACAGAAUGACAUUGAGAAAUAUGGACGUGUUCUGGAUGUGGUUGACUGUGCCGUACUGGAAUGUCCCGAUAAAGUAACGACUCAUGAUGAUGUCGUCCUUCGCCUCCAACUGGAUGUUUUUACUGAUAUUGCCUCUUCUCCAGACACCACAACUGUCGCUUCAUGUACUCCUCCCCCAGCCAUCGUUGUUAGCCAAGCACAACUUGCCAACAUCGCCAUUAGAGUCACUGUGAAGAGCUGUGAUGAUGAGGACGUGUUGAGUUUGGACACUCUGUGUGAAUCAUUACCUGGACGUGUUCAAAUUGAUCAGGGAUCACUGCCAGCUGGUCUACACACUGUGGCAGCUACUGUUGCUGGUAGUCACUUGCAAGGAAGUCCACAUAGUCUGCUGGUUAGUGCUAUGACAAAGCCGGUGUUCGAUGCAGCCCGCUGUAGUAGGCGUUUGGCAAUUGAAGGUGGCGGAGCCUCUGUAAAGUGCAUCACGUUUACUAUUGCCCAUGCAUCGGUGUGUACUACACCGAUCAGCAUGCACACAGGUAGUACUACUACACAGAAAGUGAGGAUUGAUAGGGCGCUCAACGGCAAUAUCUUUCUCUCUGCAUGCGCAUCUGGUUUUCCAAAAUUGAAAACCUACCAACAAGACGAGUUGCAGUGUUACGGGUGGUGGGGCCAAACUUCACGUUCAUUUCACACUGGCACAGCGCUUGGUCAGCCGUGGCGGACUGGUGACAUCAUUCAACUCACUGUGGAUCAUGACCAACAUACCCUCACUGGAUAUCACGAGAGAACGGGUGCCACGGAAACCAUUCAAAACGUGACGGGUGACCUGUACUGGUUAGUUUCACUCUGCCACAUAGACGAUCAAAUCACUCUCCUGUAAUUAUUUCCGGACCAUAGUUACCCUCUGCACUAAUCCACUACGCAGCUGCUAUCAUGGCAGUAGUUAUGUUUGUGCCAAAGGACUGUGGUCCGUGGAGUGUGGAGAUUGGUCCCAUUCCUGCUUGCAGUACGCGGCAGUGCCUUGUUACCGGGCUGCAUACAGAAGUCCCUUGCUUAUUCACUCACGUCUUGCGAGAAUUUGCUAAAGGAUGUGGGGAAACAUAGCCCGGAUCCAAGGUACGUGUGUUUGUAAAUAGGUGGCUGAUUGAAACUGAUACUUCACCACUUGUGGAACCAUUAUGUUGGCACCACUAUUGAGAUGUCACAGUCUGCGCAGCAAACACAUAAUAUUAUACAUGUAAAAUUGUAAAUAUACAUGAUGAGGCCUUUAUGGCCGAAACAGCUUGCUGUCUACAGCAUUGGAUAUUACGCUCCUCAGCUUUGGUCUUGUUGAGCACUCUCAGUAGGCUGCUCUAGCGCUGCUGCAUCACCCAAUGCCCGCUACUUUUUGUAGUUUGAGCACUCUAGCGCUAGAGCGACGAGCUGUCUGUGGUGCCUCCUUUGCACCAUGCGGCUGGUAGCUCGGCCUGCUUAGCUCGUAGCUGUACUGAUGAGGGCUUUAAGGCCGAAACAGCUUGCUGUCUACAGCAUUGGACAUGUAACUGUACAUGUAUUGCCCAUGCUGCAUUCCACGCAAUGUAAAUUGUUUGCUUAUGAGCAGAUUGCGGAUA